AUGACAGAUCUAUCCAAGCCCCAACAGAUCCCCCGACUCAGCCGGAAUGCCCUCACCAACACAGAACGGUGGCAAGCCAUAGCAACCCGCGACGUAACAGCCAACAGCUUCGUCUACGCCGUCCUCACCACAAAAAUCUACUGCCGUCCAUCAUGCCCAGCACGACUAGCCCGCCGCGCCAACGUCCAAUUCUACGACACCCCUCCGCAAGCGGAGAAAGCAGGCUUCCGACCCUGCAAGCGCUGCCGUCCGCAUUCGGGUCAGACGGCGGCUCAAAGCAACCCCCAAACCGCCAUAAUUGACAAAGCCUGCGAGUCAAUUCGGAACAUUCUGACGGCAGGGCUGAAACCCAAAUUAAGAGAUCUGGCUGCGGAGGCUGGCCUGACACCCAGUCAUUUCCAUCGUGUGUUUAAGAAGCAUGUGGGCGUUACGCCCGGUCAAUAUGUAGGCAGCCUUGGGCAAAGCAACCUGCACUCGCCGGAAUCAUCGUCAUCCGAUGCUUUUUCUGGAGUUGAAACACCGCGGUCAGCCUCUAGGGAUAGGAGUGGUGAGAUCUCGGAUCUAGAUAGGAAUAGUGAGAAAGGGGGUGGUCUGUCGGCGGCUGGAGGCGAAAUCCCAUUUAUGGGUGGCUGGAAUGAGUUCGAUGCUCUGCUGGCUUUUGAAUCAGAACAAACGUGGGUGCCUGGCUUAUCUAUUGACCCUCGAAUGAUCUUGGUCGAAUGA